CUUGUUAGGGGGGGUACUUAAAUGUCAUUUUUCCAAUUCAAAUCGGCAGUUUCUCGGUGCUAUUGUUGCAAAUCGGCGGAGACAAUCCCUGCUUCAUCGAGGGCCUGCGACCCGCGAUUCAUCAAUCUCUGAAUUCGCAAAGCACCGAAGGAUCUUCUGAAAUAUGGGCUUGGGUUUUGGGAUCGGCGUCUUAGGAGUGCUCAUUCUAUUUCACGCUGCUUAUGCCACAAUCCAAUAUAGGGGUUUGUUGAAGAUUACGGAGGAAGAGUUUUCGGGACCUCCAAUGAACGUGGUUGUUGAGUUGUUUCUAGGAUUAGUGCUCUGUAUGUGGGCUGCACUGGCUGUGCCAGGGAUGUUUUUGUCCAUACAUCCAGACUCCGAAGAGAACAGGAUUGUUUCUUUGCCUGCCAACCUGGAUUUCAUGAUCUUCAACCAUAGGGGGAAGGUAUUUCCUGUGGAAAUGGAUGUGAAGUUGAGACAUUAAAGAUUUUUGGAUCGAGCACGUAACUUCAUCUUUUCUCAUGAAGAAGAAAAACCUCGUUUGCAGUUUUGAAACAUUUGGUUGUGCAUUUGGCAAUUAUCAUUAUGGCACUCGAUAUUUAUGACUGAUGUAAGAGAUUUUGCAGUUUCCAUUGUAGCUUCAUUCUAAUAUUUCUGCACUGCCCACUUAUCCUUGUUAUUUUGAAACAAUUAUUUUACCCUUCAUGAAAAUUUAGCCUGGACUUUGACAAUGCACAUGAUUUAAUGAGGUUGAAAGUAUAUCAUGUGGAUGUCUAAAAUGAAAGCAACCUGUCUAUCUGGGUGAAACUCUA